AUGCAUUACACUCAAUUCGUAAGUUCAGCGCUCUACUACAUAGUACCAAAUUGUAACACGUGUACAUUAAUAUUUUACAGUUAAUUUCAGAUGAAAUAGGAAAUAUAGAAUUUAUCUAAAUAAUAUUUCCUCACCCUGUUAUGUCGAAUUAAUUAUAAUUAAGUAUAUUAUAGGAAAUAAAUUCCUAAUGUCAAACAAGCAGCAAUCACCCGUCAAAUUCUUCCAACGUGGCGAACCAUACGUUCAGAAUAGUGCUGACCUCUUUGGUAUUUCUGAUACAUUAGUAAAGUACAGUCAUGGACCAGAUAUAUACCUCUCAAGUUUAGCGCUCUUUCCGGCAAGUAUCACGAUGUGGCCACGAUUGAGAAAAUCAUGCCGCACGUGGUCAAUCGUUCUUUCGAUCACUCUAUUAAUAGGAAUAUUCGUCGUUUGGUCAUGGAAAAAACGAGAGGACGAAAAUUCUCGUAACGAUUACGUCUCACUUCGGCUUUUGAAUAAUCAAAAAGAUUAUAUAGAUCGUAAAGGAAUACAUGUAGUAGUAGGACAUUAUAUUGGCGACUCCGUAGACCCUAUGAAAACGCCGAACAUUACGAAAAAUCUCAUUAACAAAAAUAUGUUUGAUCCACGGCCAUUUGAAGGGAAGGAUGGUAACCCGGUUCUUGUACCGGCGAAAGACUUUUACAAAAUGCAACAGCUUUUUCAAAUCAAUCGAUUUAAUUUAAUGGCUAGUGAUAGAAUACCGUUGAAUCGAUCUCUGCCUGAUGUUAGAAGAAAAGGGUGCAUAACGCGAUAUGUGAACGUAGGUAACUUACCGAGAACAUCAAUAAUUAUCGUUUUCCAUAACGAAGCUUGGAGUACGUUGCUUAGGACUGUAUAUAGUGUAAUUAACAGAUCGCCAAGGCAUUUAUUAGAAGAAAUUAUUCUCGUUGAUGACAAUAGUGACAGAGAUUUUUUGAAGGAUACGUUAGAUGACCAUGUAAAAACUUUAAAAGUUCGCACUAAAGUUCUUCGUUCCAGGCAACGUAUAGGACUAGUAAACGCGAGACUUUUAGGUGCCAAUGAUGCUAAAGGUGAAAUCCUCACAUUUCUUGAUGCACAUUGCGAAUGCACGGUUGGAUGGUUGGAACCCUUGCUUGAAGCGGUUGCUAAGAAUAAAACUAGGGUGGUAUCGCCUGUUAUCGAUAUUAUAAAUGACGAUACUUUCAGUUAUACUCGGUCUUUUGAGUUACACUGGGGCGCGUUUAAUUGGGACCUACACUUUCGUUGGCUAACAUUAAACGGUCGGUUGUUGAAAGAAAGACGUGAAAAUAUCGUCGAACCGUUCAGAACACCUGCCAUGGCUGGAGGGUUAUUUUCUAUGAAUCGAGAUUAUUUCUUUGAACUAGGUAGUUACGACGAUCAAAUGAAAAUUUGGGGUGGUGAAAAUUUGGAAUUAUCGUUUCGAGUAUGGCAAUGCGGCGGUAGCGUUGAGAUUGCUCCAUGUUCUCACGUAGGGCAUCUCUUUCGAAAAUCAUCACCUUAUACGUUCCCAGGCGGUGUUGGAGAGAUUCUAUAUGGAAAUCUCGCUAGAGUGGCUUUAGUUUGGAUGGACGAAUGGGCAGAAUUUUAUUUUAAGUUUAAUGCAGAGGCAGCUAGAUUAAGAGACAAACAGCCAGUUCGAGCUAGAUUGGAAUUACGUAAAAAAUUGCAAUGUAAGAAUUUCGAGUGGUAUUUGGAUAAUGUUUGGCCAGAACACUUUUUUCCGAAAGACGACCGUUUUUUUGGACGGAUUUUGCAUAUUUCAUCGAAUAAAUGCAUCAUGCGACCAACCGCGAAAGGAACGUAUUCACAACCCUCGGGAUACGCAAUUCUUGAAACGUGCCUUCCGAGGCCAGUACUUAAUCAAAUGUUUGUGAUGACGACGGAUGGAGUUAUAAUGACUGAUGAAAGCGUCUGUUUGGAUGCACCUGAUCAUGACACUCAGCACAAGACACCAAAGGUUAAAAUAAUGGCAUGCAGUGGUCAUAAUAGACAAAAAUGGCGAUACGACGAACAAUCAAAGACUUUUAUACACAUAUCUUCUGGAAUGUGUUUACAAUCAAACAAUGACGAGGGUCCUGUGAUAGCAACUUGUACAAAAAGCAUCGAGCAGAAAUGGUUAUUAAAAUCAAUUCCCUGGAAAUAAUACUAUAAUAUUUUAAAGCGCAAUAUAUUUUUUGAAACUAUUUUUAAUAAAAAUUUAACUUGCGAAUUUUUGCAGGAAAGUUUGUUAAUAAAUGUAUGCGUGACUUCUUUGUAAAUGUUAUU